AGUAGUACCUUCCUGAUCAGAGUCCCUACCCCCGCCCCCAACAGGUCAGUGGUUGUUGGACUGGGGCUUCAGGAGCGGGAAGGAGAACCAACCGGCACUGGUGUCUGAGUUGACCGGGUACACACUUAGCUAGUGCGCGAAGCGACAGUCAUCCUUUACGGAGAGCACAGACCUGACUAGGGGAACUUAACAUUAUCAGUAGUCAUGGCCCACGCCUGGGGAUACGACCAACAGCAUGGUAACAGUUAGAGGUAUCCAGGAUGACCAGGGUUGCCAGAGUGCUAUUGAGUUUUCAUAGAGGUCUGAAACUCCAGGCCAGAUAUUUCCACCCCAGUGUUUCCCGGCUCUGUGGUGAUGGUGAAUGGAACUACUACGGUCGAGGUCCAAGCAAGUGGCACGAGCAUUUUCCCAUUGCCAAGGGACAGCGUCAGUCUCCCAUAGACAUUGUCACAGGCAGUGCCAAGGUCGAUCAGGCAUUGUCAGAUAAGCCACUGAAGAUUAGCUACAGCAACAACUGCUGUCAGAGUGUCACUAACACUGGACACUCCUUCCAAGUGGUCGUGGAUGGGGCCGGAACUGAGAUCAGUGGUGGUCCCCUGGACAGCACCUACAAACUUGUCCAGUACCACGCUCACUGGGGUCCGCUUGGUGAGAAUGUGGGAUCUGAGCACACUGUGGACGGAGUCAGCUACCCUGCAGAGCUCCAUCUGGUCCACUGGAACCAGAAGUACAAGGAUGUCACAGAGGCCGUGGACAAGCCUGAUGGACUCGCUGUGAUUGGUGUCUUCUUCUCGAGGGGGAAGGAGCAUGCUGGCUUCAAGCCGAUCUCUGACCUGUUCUCCAAGGUUCCUCGCAAGGGGGACAAAGUGGACAUCAACUUCAAUUAUGACCCAGCCUGUCUUCUGCCAGCUCAGCGUAACUACUGGACAUACCUCGGGUCACUGACCACACCUCCUCUGUUUGAGAGCGUCACCUGGAUCGUCAUGAAGGACCCUGUAGAGGUGUCUUCAGAACAGCUGGCUGCUCUGAGGAACCUACUAUGGGAGACCCCUAGCGGAGAGGGCCAGAUGUUCAACAACUACCGACCCCCUCAGCCUCUGCACGGCAGGGUGGUCAGGUCCACCUAACCAGGAGGAACAACCCAGGACAGGCCGGGGCAGUCUGUUCCGCAGUUUGAACACACUGUGGGUCACUCCUAGAGUGUGGCCAAGUUCAAACACAAACAGAAUUAUUUUUUACAACAGGAGCGCCACCUUUAAUACAGGGUUUCACAUUUAUCUUUGGUGAAGGUCAUUUUGGAAGUAUUUCAUAAUCUGCGUUCCUAGCUCAGUAUUAUUCUCUACCUGCUACAUAACAGGAGUGUGAAUAUGAUUGGAGCAUACAUGUCAGACAUUCAUGAUACUAAGGGUGACCUAAGUAUCUUAUUUUCUGCAAAGAUAACAUCGUUUGAAAGAGUGUUAACGGUGUUUGUUAGAGGUGUCACGUGUGUUGUCAGGUGCAAAAUGGCUGUUGCUUUGUGGUGAAUCUAAAUUUCAUGUAUUUGGUGCAAAGCAUAUGAUAAUCAUGUUUUAAAGGGUGUCAUCAUAGUUAUUGUCAUCAAAAACUUACUUGUUGCAUGCUAAAGCUUCUACAAACACAAUACUGUAACCCUGCUCUGGACACAUUACCUUACACUAAAUCAGAUAUGACAGACAACAUUCCAAAUGUCCUAUCU